AUGAGUUGCGAGCAAGAUCAGCCACUCUUCGAUCUCAGCGACAACGCCACUUUGACUUUUCUCAACACUCUUCAUGAUUUUAAAACGUAAGACGAGUUUUUCAACAUUGUACUGGACAAUUUUUAUAUAAAAACAGCUCAAGCGCGGAUUUUUCGAGUUUCCUACAUUUAAAAAAUUUAUCUAAUGGCAUUUAUAGAUUCCUGAAAAUUCAAGCUCGCGACUUGGCGGCAGAGCCGAGAUAUUCAGUCAUUUCUUGCGAGAGAGCACGUAAAAUGAGGAGAGACGGUUUGAAAAAAAAACGUUUUUGUAAUAUCUUUCCGAAUCGUACAGUAAAAAAAUUGAUUUUUUUUCAAUAACAUGAUUUUUUAUUGGGCGUCGAAUUUUCAAGUUCUGAAAAAAUAAAAUUUAAAAUUUAUGCCAAUUUCCGGCCUAAAAAUCUCGGUAAUUUUUGACAAUUGGAAGUCCUAGCUUCUACAAAUACUCUAGAAAAUUUGGUUCUUAAUUUCCAACAAUUUUUAUCAAAAUUAAACCCUCAUUUUACAUGUACUUCAAUAAAAAAAAUUUAAAAAAAAAGUUAUAUUCUAUCUUGAUAAUUUUGUCAUCUUUCAGAAACUACGGAACGAUUCAUCGAUAUGUUGCGUUAAUCUUAUGCCUCGGGGGAUUAGUAAUCAACUGUAUCCAUAUCUGCAUCCUCACUUUACCUCGAAUGCGAAACUCUUCGGUCCACACGACCCUCACUUGUAUUGCGUUGGCCGACAUCGGGACAAUGACAAGCUACUUGGUAUGGAACAUAAUUAUAGGCUACAAAUUUUUGUAAACUGUUAUUAGGGGUUGGAAUGACGUCAAUCAACGUUUUCGGGAAAAAUAGAAAAAUUAUUAUCAAAAAUAAUUAAAACGUUUAGAAUUUUGGUGCAAAAUUCAUAGCGAAGAAAUAAAAUUGCAGGAAGAAAAUUACAGUAGUUUUUGGAAGAAUUUUUUUAUCAAUAUUUUGCAUUUAAAAAUUAUUUUUUUUCAAAUAGAUUUUUUUCGUAUUUUAGAUCUACCUAACCCGUUUCGAGUACUUCUCCUCCACACAAGGCUAUGCGUAUGCUUGGGCGCUGUUCCUGCAAGUCCAUGCGGUCCUUUCCAUCGCUCUGCACGCCCUUUCCAUCUACCUGGUCACUCUGAUGGCCUUCCUUCGUCUCAUGGCCAUGAAUGCGGGCCAAUCCAAAUGGAUGAAGCCGAGAUUGGCGCUGACGGCGUCUCUCUUUGUCACCAUUACCGUAUUUACGAUCUGCAUCCCCACCUUCUUGGCGCAUGAGGUGAAACAGAACUCGGCCGCCUACUACAACGUGGGCUUCUCGGCGCUGUUCAUGGAAAACGGCUGUAAUUUGCUGAAAUUGAAUCUCUGGCUGACUGGAAUCUUCCUGAAAGCGGUCCCGUGCUUCCUCCUGAUGUGCUUCACCGCCGCCCUGUUGCGGCGCCUGCGGGCAAACGACAAGAAGCGCCAGCUUUUGUUCCACGGCGAGAGCCGACGAUCGAAUUCGGACCGGGUCACUUACAUGCUGCUGCUAAUGGUCUUUGUCUUUUUGGUCACCGAAUUACCUCAGGGCCUGUUUGCCAUCCUAAAUGGUGAGUGGAUUUGAUUAAAGCGGGUAAUUUAUUAGAUUUUAAUAGAUGGUUAUAGGCAUUGACGCAAUUCGGGUAUGUGAAACGUGCAGAGGGAAGCACAAUACGGUUUUUUUCGUGCAAAAUUUAUUUCCUUUUUUUAAAAAACAUUUUGAUUUUUUCGCUCGAAAAAGUACGAUAAUUCUGCAUAACGCCGUUUUAAAAAAUCAAGGGAAAUAGAAAUAUUUUUUUAUAAAAACAUGAAAAAAAUUUUUUUUGAGCUUGACUGUUUCUGCACAAUGCAAAUUAAAAAUUUUAAAAAUUCAUCGAAAAUUCGUCUAAUUUUUUUGAAAAAAUUAAAUUUUUCAACCUCAAUUUUCAAAGAAAUAUUCGUACAUAACACGAUUUGAAACUAUGUAUUUUGAUUUUUUAAAUACGACGUAAUUCAGUUUUUUUAUUGUUCCUCUAAAAUUCCCAUUUUCAGCAAUGUUCACUUACCAAUUCCACCGCUAUGUCUACGUUUGUUUCGCGGACCUCCUGGACAUCCUAUCGCUGAUCAACUGUUACGUUUGUUUCUCCGUCUACACAGCCACUUCGUCCACUUACCGGCAAACGCUGUUAAUGCUCGUACCUUGGCGGAAUUAA